AUGGCUUCUUACCCGGCCCUCACGGCCACCGGCACCGGCCGCAACAUCGACUUGACCAAGUCGGAAUCCGAGUUGGCCGUCAACAUCCGCAAGGCCACCAACAUCGAAGAGACGGCGCCUAAACGCAAACAUGUGCGCAGCUGUAUCGUCUACACGUGGGACCACAAGUCGUCGCUCUCCUUCUGGGCCGGCAUGAAGGUGCAGCCGGUCAUGGCCGACGAGGUGCAGACCUUCAAGGCCCUGAUCACCAUCCACAAGGUGCUGCAGGAAGGUCAUCCCGUCACGGUUAAAGAGGCGCAACAGAACGUAAACUGGAUCGAAAGUCUGGCCCGCGGCGUGAUGGGCGAAGGGCUCCGAGGAUACGGCCCGCUCAUUCGGGAAUACGUCUUCUUCCUGCUGGCCAAGCUGGCGUUCCACCGCAACCACCCCGAGUUCAACGGCCUGUUCGAGUACGAGGAGUACAUCAGCUUGAAAUCUAUCAACGACCCCAACGAAGGCUACGAGACCAUCUCGGAUCUGAUGACCCUGCAGGACCAGAUCGACACCUUCCAGAAGCUCAUCUUCUCGCACUUCCGCGGCGGCACGAACAACGAAUGCCGCAUCGCCGCCUUGGUGCCCUUGGUUCAGGAAAGCUACGGCAUCUACAAGUUCAUCACGAGCAUGCUGCGAGCCAUGCACACGACCACCGGCGACGACGAGGCACUGGAACCACUGCGCACGCGAUACGAUGGCCAACAUUAUCGUUUGAUCAAGUUCUACUACGAGUGUUCCAACCUGCGCUAUCUGACUUCGUUGAUCACCGUCCCCAAACUGCCGCAAGAUCCGCCCAACUUGCUUGCCGACGAUGACGAGCGCCCGGCUCUGCCCAAACGCCCGACCCGAGAACUCGAGCAGCCUCCUACCCCGGUGGCCAAGAAUGGCACUCCGGACCCUCGAGACAUGGAGGAUUUCUGGUCAAGAGAAGCACAAAAGCAACAGGAGGCCUACGAAGCCGAGCAGCGUCGACUGCAACAGGAGUGGGAGGAACAACAACGAGAGCAGAUGAGGCUACAACAGGACGCGCAACGAGCGUUUGAGGAGCAGCAGCGAAUGCAGGCGGAACAACAACGGUUGGCCCAAGAACAGCUGCUGCGCGACCAGAUGCAAGCCCAGACCCAAGGUCGAAUGGCCGAGCUGGAGCGAGAGAACCUGGCUGCGCGGGCGCAAUACGAAAGAGACCAGUUGAUGCUGCAGCAGUAUGACCAGAGAAUGAAGGGGCUAGAAGAACAACUCAAUCAACUCAACAACAACUUCCAGAUGCAAUCGCAGUCCAAAGAUGACCAGAUCUCCGCGCUACAAGAACAGGUCAACACAUGGCGACACAAGUACGAGGCUCUGGCGAAGUUGUAUUCGCAACUGCGGCAGGAACAUUUGGAUUUGCUGCAGACCACCAAGUCGCUGAAAUUGAAGGCGGCAUCGGCUCAGGAGGCCAUCGAUCGCCGGGAACGACUGGAGCGUGAAAUGAAGACCAAGAACCUGGAAUUGGCCGAUAUGAUCCGUGAACGUGAUCGAGCUUUGCACGAGAAAGAUCGUGUUCAAGGUGGACAUCGCGAGGAAGUCGAGAAGCUGAAACGCGAGUUGAGGCUUGCCAUUGACCGUGCCGAAGAGGCGGAGAAGGCCAAAGGGUCAGAGUUGUCUGCGAUGCUCGCCAAGUACAACCGUGAGAUGGCGGACCUCGAGGAAGCCUUACGCAACAAGUCAAGACAACUCGAGGAGAUUCGAUCGAAGCACACUGGCCGCGAUGUGGAUCACGAACAGGUGCUCCGUGAGAAGGACGAGGAGAUUGAGAUUUACAAGUCCGGAAUGGAACAGGCCCUUGAGGAGCUGGAAGAACUCAAGCUGGGCAGCAAUGAUGCCGACGGCGCCCUUGACGGUGCAAUUGACGAAGUAAUCAAGGCGAACGUGAACAAGAUCAACGACAUCGUUGAUUCGGUCCUGCAGAGUGGCGUGCAGAGAGUGGACGAUGCCAUGUAUGAGCUCGACUCUCCCAUGCAGGCUGGUAACCAGAAUGCCACGGCGCCGUAUGUGUUGUCGCAGAUUGAAAAAGCAUCUGCCAGCGCGACCGAGUUUUCGACCGCGUUCAACAAUUUUGUGGCCGACGGGCCCAACAGCGAUCAUGCCGAAAUCAUCAAGACAGUGUCAAUCUUUGCGGCAUCAAUUGCCGACGUGCUAUCCAACACCAAGGGGUUGACUCGAUUCGCGACGGAAGAAAAGAAAGGCGACCAGCUAAUUGACUCGGCUCGGCAAGCCGCUCUUGCGACGAUCAGUUUCUUCCGAAACCUCCAGUCUUUCCGCCUGGAGGGACUUGGGCCGAUGCAGAAGAGUGAUGUGGUGAUCAACAACAACCACGAUGUCCUGAUGAAGCUCCAGAAACUGUCCAAGCUGGCGGAUGCUUUUGCGCCCAAGGGCAGCAAAAUCAGCACGACGGGCGAUCUGGGCGACUUGGUGGAUUCCGAAUUGACCAAGGCGGCCAACGCCAUCGACGCGGCGGCCCAGCGCCUGGCCAAGCUGAAGAACAAGCCGCGCGACGGGUAUUCGACGUAUGAAUUAAAGAUCAACGAUGCGAUCCUCGAGGCGGCGGUGGCGGUGACGAACGCGAUCGGGCAAUUGAUCAAGGCGGCCACCGACUCCCAGAACGAGAUUGUGCGUGAAGGCCGUGGAUCAUCGUCCCGAACCGCCUUCUACAAGAAGAACAACCGGUGGACGGAAGGCCUGAUUUCGGCGGCCAAGGCGGUGGCGACGUCGACCAACACGCUGAUCGAGACUGCCGACGGCGUCAUCAACGGCCGCAACAGCCACGAACAGCUGAUCGUGGCGUCCAACGAUGUCGCGGCGAGCACGGCCCAAUUGGUCGCGGCCAGUCGGGUCAAGGCCAGUUUCAUGUCCAAGACCCAGGACCGGCUCGAACAAGCUUCGCGUGCGGUCGGCUCGGCUUGCCGUGCCUUGGUGCGACAGGUCCAGGGUAUCAUCAAGCAGAAACAACGCGACGAAGGGGAAACGGUUGACUAUACUAGUCUCAGUGGGCACGAGUUCAAGGUCCGGGAGAUGGAGCAACAGGUUGAAAUCCUCCAGUUGAGAAACGCUCUGGAUGCUGCUCAGGCCAGGUUGAGUGAGAUGCGCAAGAUCUCGUAUCGAGAAGACUGA